AUGUCUACUCAACUGGCUCCAUGGCAGCGUUCGGGCGGAGGUCAACAAUCCUGCAAGUACCGCGACCCAACCACUACCACUUGGGAGCAUCGAUGUAGUCGGCCAUGUGUGCCCUUACUACCCUACUGCGCGGCCCACUUGGUGCUCUCUGAGGACACGCCGCCGCCCCCUCAGCCCUCUAGUGCCGCCACUGCUUCCACCUCUACCACUAUUCCCCUCAGGGAUACUGAGGCGGGAGGUGAUGGAGAGGGCCCUUCGGUUUCGACAUCGGUGUCGGCGCCUGCCGCGCCGUGUGCCCCUGGCAAACCACAGAAGCCUCCGUCGCGAAAGUCGACAUCUACAAAAGCGCGUUCGACGACUGAUGGUGUUGCUUCGUUUAGUGACGUUCAGUUUCCACCUCAGGAUUUGUCCUAUGGAGUUGUUCUCCCCGUUUGUUGA